UAUUUCUCUUGUUGCAUAAUAAAUUAAUAUUAAAUAUGUUGUCGUAUCGUCAUUAAAAUAGUUGAAUAUAGAUUAUAGAUGAAUGACCAACUUCGUGGGCACGGCAAUGUUAUCUCAAUAAUCGUAUUUAAUAAAGUCAUUAAAUUAAUCGUUGGUUAUUAUUUAUUGUUCAUCAAGUAUAAAAUAUAUCUAAAAAAUAUUUAAACCAUAAUAUAGUUUAUGGUUUUAGUUUUGGCGAGUUAAUUAUUUUGUCCCCCCUAGAUUUUUAUCCAGUUACGUUAUUGGUGUACUUGAUGCACAUACUCAAAAGAUAAAAAGUUUCCAUAAGACGCUAAAGAGGCUAAAAAUUGUAAAGCGUAGUAGAAUUCGAGAGUCAAUGACGUAACUGGAUAAGAAUCUAUGGGGGCAAAAUAACUUAUGAAUCAAAAUAAAAACACUGACCCUACUUCCCCAAGGGGUCUUGUCUUAAAACUAGUGAUGGGCACUACCGAAUAGUUUACACUAUCGAAUAGUAUUCGAUAGUUUGAAUAAACUAUCGAAUAUCUAUUCAAAUGUUUUUUACAUAACCGAAUAAUAGUUUUUAAAUAAAAACUAUCGAAUAGGUUGAUAAACUAUCGAAUAGUUCGAAUAAGUUUCAAUUUCAAAUAGUUUUACUAUGGAGAUGGACUAUUCCAAUAUUUCAAAUGUAAUAUAACAUGAUUAUAUCGACUGCCGCAACGAAAACUGUCGUAACUCAAUUUUUAUCAAUUUUGAGUUGAUAACGAAAACGAAUUCUCCUCUAUUUUCUAUAUCUCCGACGACCACAAUUAUUAUUAAAACUUGGUCAAAGAGAAUAGAAAAACUUGAAAUUAUAAUGCCAUAGAAAACAGUGGUAUCAGCGAAGAAAGUUGUAACUUGAGUUACGACUACAUUAUUCACGCCCAGUUAUUGAUUACAGUUUUGGCGCCAAAGUGUAUUAUCAGUCAUAAUUUAAAGCACGUGAAUUUUAUAUUUUAUUGUUCUAAAAUUUUUAUUACUCGUAUUAUUAAAAUAAUUAUGUUCAUCAUUAUAAUAAUAUAAUAGAGUAUAAUACUACAGUCUACAAUGGAUGCAAUAAAUGAAAAUUUAAGUAAUGAUGAUUCAGACUGUUUAAGCACUUAUGAGUAUGGAUGCAUAAGUAGUGAUGACUAUGAUGAUGAUCCAGACUACAUACCUGUCAAUUCUAAUAAUAUUGACUCUACAAAUAAGGUUGAGAAUCAAAAAAAUAGUCAAGAAGAAGAAGUAGGAGAAGAUUUGAAAUAUUGUAGUCUUCCUAACAACGAUACGGUUCAAAUGAAAAGUCCCGAUCUUGUACCAUAUUGUCAUACAAUAGAUUAUGAUAAUCUCUUCAACUGCAGUGUAAGUAAUUUUAAAAUUGAUUUAGUCAUUUAUAAUAAAUGAUACAAGAUGUAUUAAGUCUUGGUAUUAAACAUAA